AUGCUUUUAAGAUUUAGAUCUAAAGAUGGGAUGCAUAGAGUUUCCUGUGAACCAAACGAUACUAUGGGUUCAGUAUUAGAAAAAUUGAUUCCAGUAUUGGAUCCAAAUGCAGAUUUAAAUACUCUUGUACUUAACGACAAACCUGGAAACGUUGGUUCGAAACUAGCUUCCACUAUUGCACUGAAUACAAUCUCUGAUUUAGGAUUAAAACAUGGUGAUAUUAUGUUUGUAACUUACUCCUUGGCUAGUAAUAAAGUUGAAGGUGCUAGUUCGAACAGUUUAUCUGUUCCAAUUAAUAGUAAGAUUUUGAAGGUGCCCAACCCUUUAAAAGUAAGCGAAUUACCAAUAGAUAUAGAGUUGAAUAAAGAACAGGGUUUGAUUCCAAGAAAGAAAUCAUCUUUUUGUAAACAUGGUGAUAAAGGGAUGUGUGAAUAUUGUUCUCCGUUACCACCUUGGGAUAAGGAAUAUCAUGAAAAUAAUAAGAUUAAACAUAUUUCAUUUCAUUCAUAUCUACAAAAACUAAAUGUUCAAACAAAUAAAAGUAAUGGAUCUUCAUAUAUGAGUCCCCUAAGUCAAUUGGACUACAAAAUCGAUCUUCAUUGCCGUAAUGGACACGAACCAUGGCCACGGGGUAUAUGCUCCAAAUGCCAACCUUCAGCAAUAACAUUACAACAACAAGAGUUUAGAAUGGUUGAUCAUGUUGAAUUUCAAGAUUCGCAGUUAAUCAAUGAAUUCAUUGAAUCAUGGAGAUGUACUGGGAUACAAAGAAUUGGGUAUUUAUAUGGUACUUAUGCUAGAUACGAUUCUACACCAUUGGGGAUAAAGGCAGUAGUGGAAGCCAUAUAUGAACCUAUGCAACAUGAUGAACAAGAUGGGUUAACUGUGGAUAUUCCUAGUAUUGUUGAAGAGAUGAGACAGGUAGAUGCGGUAGCUACUGAUAUGGGACUUAUGCGUGUUGGUUUGAUAUUUACUGAUUUAACCGAUGCAGGGAACGGCGACGGUAGUGUGUUUUGUAAAAGACACAAGGACUCUUUUUUCUUGACUCCAUUCGAAGUCAUUCUAGCUGCACAACAUCAAAUUGCUAAUCCAAAUGUAUGUAAAUAUAGCAAGCAAGGCAUCUUUUCGUCUAAAUUUGUUACCUGUGUUGUUUCUGGAAAUCAAGAUGGUGAAAUCGACAUAUCUAGUUAUCAAGUAUCUAGAGAAGCAGAGGCUCUUGUAGAUGCAAAUAUGAUCAGUGGUUCUACACAUCCAUCAAUGGCAUGGAUCAAUGAAACUACUAAUGAAAGAUAUGUACCAGAGUUAUUUUAUAUGAAACAAAAUGAAUAUGGGGUAACAGUGAAACAAAAUGCUAAACCUGCAUUCCCAGUAGAUUAUUUAUUAGUAUCUCUGACUCAUGGGUUCCCGAAGAAUGAAGCAAAUGUGACUACAAAAAGAUCUAGGUUUUUAACUAUUAAGGGAUUUUCAUGGGCUAAUCGUCAAUCAAUGGGUCAAUCACAAGAUUAUCAAGAAUUGAAAAAAUGGUUGGGGACUUCAAUAAAUGAAGGUGAUCUCAUUGUAUUACAAGAAAAACUAUCCAAUUUCCAUGCAUUAUUAUAUAUCAAAACACUAGAUAUUUUGUCAUCUAAUGAAUGGUCAUAUUUAUUAAAAGCUGCACUUGUGAUAACAGGAGUUUCCAAUGAAGAAAGAAUAGAAUCUUUAUUGCAAUUAUUAGAGUCUCCUGGAUGGCAAACCAUGGUAAUGAUACUACAGGAAACUGCAUAA